CUAGCCAGCCGUGCAAGACGCGCAAGACCCACUGUCACCCACACAGUAGUUCCAAGGAUUAAGUUAAGCCCGCCGACAAGCGCUCGCGUCUGUGUGUUCUCUGUGUGUGUUAUAUACGUGUGUGUUAAGUGCAACAAGCUAACGGCAAUGACAUUGAAAACGAGGCACAUGCGAGCUGAGGCAAUAGUUAGCCUGCUGCUUGGGCUGCUGUGCCUGGCCAGCCGCAGCGAGGCCGGCACCGAGCAGUUGAGCAAUGUGCCGCAGAACGCCGGCGCACGCACCUUGCUGCGCGUCUAUGAUGAAUGCAAUCGCGCCGAGACUGGAUUUGUGCCAUGCCUCAAGAAGAAGGCCAUCUCCUUUAUCGAUCGCAUAGCGCCCAUCGAAGCCAUUACCGUUGCCGAUGGCAUCAGGCUGGUGCGGCUGGAGUCGGCGCCACGUCCCGAGGCAUACAGCAGCGAAAAUGAAUUAGAGACAACGCUGGCGCGUUCCGGCAGCGAACGCGAUGCCAAGCUAACGAGCAUGCUGAUCGAACGGCUGAGCUACUUCUUCAACGGCCACUCACUGCAAGUGAGCUUUCCCAAAUUGACUUCCGAUGAGAUUGGACGCGGCCUCGAGGAAGGACGCGGCAAGAUGAAGAAAAUGGGCAUGAUGAUGGCGAUGAUGGUGGCCACCAAGCUGAUGGGCAUGCUGCCGAUUGCCAUGGGAGCACUUUACAUACUGGCAGGCAAGGCUUUGAUCAUCUCCAAGAUAGCGCUGCUGCUGGCCGGCAUUAUAGGGCUGAAGAAGCUAAUGGCGGGCAAGUCCUCGGGCGGAGGCGGAGGAGGCGGCGGUUGGUCCAUCGGAGCGGCGGCGGCGGCAGCAGCGGCUGCAUUGUCUUCAGGUGGAGGAGGCGGUGGCGGUGGGGGCGGCUGGGACAGACGCUCGUUGACUGAGGCGCAGGAGCUUGCCUAUCGCGCUCACAGCAGUCAACAGUUGGCGCAGCCCCAACAGCAACAACAGCAACAACAGCAACAGCAGCAGCCGGCACAGCAACAGAUCAAGUCAUAG